UGUUUGCCUUUUUGAAUAAGAUAAUAUUUAUAUACUUGAAGUUGACUUGAAAUUAUUUAUUAUAACAAUUUUAUGCUUUUUAACAAGGAUGAAGUAUACUUGAUCCUAGCUUUUUAAAUUCAAACAUAUCUUGCAACACUUAAUAUCACCUCUACGACUACGAUUCUACCAUCGAAACCAAACAAAAAUUGACAGUGUAUUAUUAGAGAAAUCCAAUCACGGAAUUCAAUUUAUGAUGAAAUUGUUUCUAAUUAGAAAAUAAGUUGAAAACAAAAAAAUAGAAAAACAUGGAAGCUGUUCCUAAAUUACCGCUCAUAAGUUUUGAGUUGAAAGUGAGCACGGAAAAUACACAUUUUGGCCCGAAAUUAAAACAAUACAUAGCAGAGGCGUACAGAGAAGAUCCAGAUAGCUAUGGAAAUGAGAUACAUCAGCUGGAAGGACUGCGGUCGACCGCCGUAAGACCGACCAUUGACUCGGCAGGGCUCAGUGCCCUUAUAAGAUAUUUUUGUCAGCUACGAGCUAUCCAAAGCCGAUUCCCAAUGGGUAAAGGACAACCCGUCGCCUGCACCUUUGCUUGGAAAGACCUGUAUGCGAACAUGAGCUGUUCUCUAGCAGACAUAAAAUUUGAAAUGGCCUGUAUAUUGUAUAACAUAGGAGCACUACAUACUCAGCUUGGUUCAUCUGAACCUAGAACAUCUGCUGAUAGUUUAAAAUCGGCGUGUCAGCAUUAUCAACAUGCCGCUUGGGCAUUCCAGUUACUUAGAGAACAGUAUCCACAACCACCUGGUGCUGAUGUAUCCUCGGAUAUCUUGAAAUUAUUGCAAGAAGUAUGUUUUGCACAAGCCCAAGAGUGUAUUCUUGAUAAAAGUAUACAAGAUACAAGAAAACCCAGUGUUAUAGGUGCUGUUGCAACACAAGUAAUGUAUUUCUACAAGAAUUCUUUAGCUUUGUUGGGUCCUUCGACUGGCACAGAUAAUAUUCAUGAGAUAAUUGGAACUAAGUUGUACAACUAUUGGUACCGUUACUUGUCUUUUAAAGUGAACUACAUUGGCUGUGUUGUUUCUUUGUAUCAAGGUAUGCAUGCUGAAGAACAGCAAAAAAUGGGAGAGAGGGUAGCAUUCUACCAGCAGGCUGUUGACAAACUCGGAGAGGCAAGAAAGCUUGCAAAAUACAUUGAACCUGUACAAGUAACACAGGAAGCACUGACUUUUACUAAUGACGUAGUUGAAGGCAAACGUAAGGCGGCUAAGAAUGAGAAUGAGUUUAUUUAUCACGAAGAAGUGCCAGAAAAGGAUAUGUUGUCUGAUUUGAAGCCUGCUUGUUUAGUGAGCGCAGUUGCUAUUAACUUCAAUGAUCCUGAGGUGUCAGGUCCAGAUAUAUUUUCCCGCUUAGUACCAAUGGUGGCUCAUGAAGCAUCAUCAAUGUAUUCCGAGGAAAAAGCGAAGCUGCUACGUCGUGUUAUUUCCCAAGUUGAAGCUAAAAAUACUGAAUUUACAGAAUUUAUGUCAUCACUUCAGCUUGAUCAGCUUGAUGUUAUGGAUUCUGAUCAAAAGAUUCCUCAAGAAAUUGUAGAUAGGUGUGCUGCUAUGAAUGCGAAAACGGACAUUAUCCAAACACUUGUUGAUUCUAUGAACAGUCUUGCAGAGAUUAUCAGCGAUGUGGAGCAUUCACUUAAUGAGAUUAAAACACUUAUACAGGAAGAGACAAUGAAAGAAAAAGAGUAUCAAAAGCAAAUGGGUCCCCGUCCACCAUCAAUUGUGCAGACUGAGAUAUCUCGAGAGUACCACAAGUACCAAGAGGCGCACUCCCGUACCAAUGAGAGUAACCAAGUGUUGCAUAAAGCAAUGACGCUACAUAUCGCCAACUUAAAGCUACUGUCUCAGCCCCUUGAUGUACUUCAGAGUAAAAUACCAAGUAUCGAAAAUAUUGAGGGCCUGGACCGCGACACGAUGAAGGAGAUGCGGCGCGUGGUGGGCAAGGCGCGCGAGAUGCAGCGCCAGCGCGACGCGCUCGUGCAGCAGCUGCGCGCCGCCGUCGCGGCCGACGACGUCACCGCGCGGCUGCUGGCGCGCGCCGGGGAGGCGCUCGACGACAUCUUCAAGCAGGAGCUCGAGAAGCACACGCCCGCGGUUAAAAUAAUUGAACAAAAUUUAGCUGCCCAGGAAAACAUAAUCAACAAACUCACCUCUUUGUACGCUUCGUACGGAGACUCGAGAAGGAUGCUCUCGGACGUGCUGAGAAAACGAGAAGGACUCAUAAAUGCGCUGGUGACGUCGUACGACACGCACGCCGAGCUGCUGGGCAAGUCGCAGAAGGGGCUGGAGUUCUACCGCAAGCUGGCGCACAACGUGGGCGGGCUGCUGGCGCGCCUGCGCGCCGUGUGCCAGGUGCAGCAGGAGGAGCGCGCGCAGAUACUGGCCGCGCAGAAGGGUGAGCCGCCUGCUUGCUUCUUACCUUCUAUUAUGUCUCCCACUCCUGUGUCCUCAGCGGCCCCUAAAGCGUCAGAAGCCGCAAAAGUCCUUACAACAGUGCCACCGCCAAGCAGUGGAGGGACAUUGAAACUGAAAGACUAUUUGCCCUAUAUGAAAAAUAGGUCUCUCGCUAGGCCCCCAGUGGCACCACAGGCUCAAAUUGAACCAAUACCUAGUGAGUCAUAUUAUCCUGAGACGAUAUAUCCUACGUCAGUCAGACCGACACCCGUGGGUUCCGAAGCCACCGAUGUGAUACAACCGAACCUACCAGACGGCGUGGUAAUGCCUCAAGGUGUUCAAAACGUACCGAACCCCUACGCUCGACAGUACACAACACCUUAUAUGCCUUCUGAGAGUGAUCCAUAUGCAGCUAGUUACGCGUAUCCAAUGACCAAGUUCAGCAAACCUGAAGAUAAUUAUAGCUAUUCUUCAUAUACUCCACCACAAUAUUCAACUCAGAUGCCUGAACAACAAACAUAUACAAAUCCAUAUUAUUCCGCAACGCAAAACAACUGCACUGCAGUUACGGAUUCGCAAAAUGGUUCUCCAUAUAUCAAUAUGAAUCAAGCAAAUGUAAACCCUAGUACUAAUCAAUAUAACGUGUACAAUGACCCCUAUAUGACAAACCAAAUGGGAAAUACAUUUGAUCCUAAUGCAGCGCAAUAUAAUCAAGUGAAUCAAGAUUUUAACGCAAGUUUUGCUGCAAUGCAAGUCUCUGCUCCCAAAGCAGAACCAGUCAGUAAUUACAGCGGUGAAUAUUCGCAAACGCAUUAUAGUGUGCAAUAUCCUCAAUCACAUACACCAAAUAUGGCGACAUACAGUAACGCCGGACAAAACACCAAUACAAACAUAGUGGAAUCGCCGUUGCCGCCUGGAAAUAAUAUGAAUAAUUCGUAUACUGACCAAAUGGCACAAUACGGCCAAGCCAUACCUAACGUUAGCCAGAAUUUUGUUAAUCAACAACCUAACUUACAAUAUUCAGUUCCGAACAGUGCAAAUCAAACACAAAAUAUUCCUAAUCCAAACAUACAGUACUCUAUGCCUAAUGUGUCCAAUACUAUACCAAAUGUACCAGCUAGUACACAAAAUUUUGCCAACUCAGUGCAAAAUGUUCCAAGUUCUAUUCCGAGUUCUAUGAACCCAGUAUCUAUGCCCAGUUCUAUGGGGACUGUUCCGGCCGUUUCUGGGUAUUCUGAUCAACAGUAUGCGUACUCUUCUACAGAUGCUAAUGCUAUAUCUCAAGGUUAUGUGUAUACAAAUGCGGAAAACCUUGUCACAGCUACAACAAAUGCAAGUAUUCCUACUUUCAGUGUUGGACAAACGUACGGUGUUACAAACAAUCCUACUAGUUACAUCGACCCGAAUUUGUCUCAAAUAGAUGCAUUAGAUAAACCUAUAAAGUCACAUGUAACUGGAGAAGCUUUGUCUUCAAAUAUUCCAAAAUAUCAAAACUAUACUUCUGGUGCAAAUUAUGUGGCAGAUCAAAAUUUCCAACCAACAAGUACACAGUUUACCGACCAGACAAGCGUGAAUUAUGGACAAAUGUACCAAAAUCAUCCUGGCUAUACUUAUAAUGCUACAUCGGAAAAUUACGACUAUAAUUACGGGUCACAAAAUGCGUACUCAAAUUAUGGACAAACGAAUGUAAAUCCACAGUCAGAGAACGAAACUAAUUGGAGUAAUCCAGGAAUGUACACAAGUGCUGGUGCAUGCAAUACAGUACAAUCACCAUCUGAGGCUCCUCAAAUGCCGUCAACUGACCCGAGUAAUGGACAAACCUAUUUUAAUUUACCAUACGGUUAUUUGACCAAUACAAAUCAAGCAACCGAAUUUAAUAAUUCAAAUCAGGCUAUGCAAGUAACUACGAAUUACGGUGCCAAUGUGAAUAAUUCGACCUACAUGCAGUCUGGUCAGAUGCAGGACACCAGUGUUACUUUUGCUAACAAUCAAGCAUCAUCUUCAAAGGCAAAUACAAAUGAAAUUUCCAAUCAGAAAACACCAACCGCACCUUCAAAUGAUCCUCCCGUAUCACCCGUAGAAAGUACUCCAAAAGAAAUUCCAGAAACGAAACCAGUUACCAAUGUGGAAGAAAAAAAAUCUGAACUGUCGACAUUCGACCUGUUAUCCGAUAUAGAUUUUUCAGUUGAACAAAAACCAUUGAUGCCAGAAAUUAAAGUGCCCCAGAUUUCGGAGAAGGCCAUAUUCAAGCAAAAUAUUGUUACGAAAGUAGAGCCUGUCGUAAAACCAGUUCCUAAAGAGGAAGUAAUAGAGCGACCAGCGAAAAGAGAUUUAUUUUCAGACCCGAGUUUAUUAAACCAAUUUACACAGGAGUUGAAGAAUUUAAAAAUACUUACAGAUUCGUUAUCAAAUAAGACUUCUAUCGGACUAACAGUCCUAGAUUCAAAAUGGAAGAGCUUUCAAGAUAUGCAAGCAAAGGAAAAUAUGAAAAGAUCUAAGUCGAUAGCAAUGAAGCAUACCAAAGGAAGUAUAGUGGCUGAAGUAGUGCCUUACGACGACUCUAGGUUAACACUCAAAUCCGACCCGGAUGCUUAUUUCAACGCCUCAUAUUAUAAGCAAUUAGCAUCCUGGUGCAUUCCACUAGUGAUAUCAAAGUGCCCCGAGGAGUUCGAAUAUGAGGUGUUUUGGAAGGCGAUGUUCGAAAACAAGAUCGCUUGUAUCGUCUGUUUGCUGACUGAAAUUGAGAUGCAAGGUAAUGCUUACUGGCCAACGGCAAAAGGUCAAUCAUUAGACCUAUCUGACGGCCUCCGUGUGACAUUGGAAGAGGUGUCCUGCACAGUACACUGGACUGAAAGGCAGCUGACGAUUAGUCAAGGAAAGAAUGUAUUGAAAGUCACACAUUAUCAAAUUAAUGUUUUUCCAGCCAAGAUCUCGUGUUCGCCGCUGGUGCUGCUGGCGUCGCGCGUGCUGGACGUCACGUACAGCGGCCGCCUCAGCAACCAGCUGCGCGCCGCCUGCCUGCACUGCGCGCACGGCGCGGGCCGCAGCGCGCUCUUAGCGCUGCUCGUGCUGGCCACGUGCCAGCUGCGAGCGGGCGACCUGAGGCUCAGCGAAAUGUUGGACGAGGGUUGUAUAAACUUGUACAAGCAUCGAACGAAUGUUCUAGAAGACACUAAGUACUUAGCGGACGCGUAUAGAACUGUGUUGUUUUAUGCGCAGGGAGUACUCUGUUCAGGUACAACAAUGUUCAACGGGGAAGCUGUAUCCGUCGCGACCGGGGCCUCAGUCUUACCCCCCGUGCCCACCUCCCCGGCCCCCUCAGCCACCCCGGCUACAAGCAAGGGGAAGUUUUCACGGGAGUCAUUCGAAGAAAUGCGACAGGCUCCUGGCCUCAAGAGCGGAGAUAUGAAAGAUCCCCUCAACUUCUUAGACCCCUUGUGGUCUUUGAAGAAGAAGUAGAUGAUAGGAUUCUGUUAAACUUUUACCCAUGAUAUGUUAAUUUCAUAAGUUGUACCGUACUUGAUUUAUAUAGAUGUAUUUUAACUCGGAAACUAAUUAGACUGCAGCACGUUUCUGUUGAUAUAAUGGAGUACUGAUGAUUAUAAUCACUAAACUACUGAAGUACCAUUGUGACACAAUGAUGAUGUUACGCCUCUAGGGAAGUCUUAAAAUAAAUUUCUUUCGUAUCAAAGCUAAAUCGUUAAGGAUAUUACAGUUAUUCUAUAAUUUUAAAUUCGUUCCAAAAAUUUAAAAAUGAAGGUAUUUUAGAAUUAAAUUUGUAGUUUUUAUAC